UUUUCGAUUUUUUGUAGAAUGUCUACCUUUUUAUGAUUCUUCUUGGAAACUUCUUAUUAGAAAAUUUUCGGCCUUGAACAACUGUAAUAUUCCCACUUUCUCGGUUUCGUUAAACCGAUGAAUCUGCUAAACCCAAAACAUACCUCAAAUAUCUUAAGGACAAGAAAGUUCUAUUCACAAAAUUUUAGACAAUUCAAAUUUUUUUAUUGGCACGACCUAAAUCCGGGCUUUUCGAGUUUUUUUCUCAAUUCGUCCCCCAUUCCCGAUUCACAAAAUCUUCACAAACUCCAUUUUCAAUUAAUCUUAAUUUUUUAUUUUCAAGUCUUUUAGGAGAUUUUUAAAUGUAAAGAAUUAUAUGCAUUUUAUUUAUUCAUUAGCUCCAAGUUUUGGAAGUAUUUUAGCUUCGCCAGGUUAUGCUUGUCUAAUUAUUUGUUUUUUUCUUCUUGCCCGUUUCCUCAAAUUGACUAGUUUUGAUGAAAAACCUCAAAUUACUUUGAGGAAAAAAGGGCGUGUUAAAAUUAAAAGAAAAUUUUCAAUUGACAACACAGAUAGUUUCGACAACAAUUUUGAAAAUUUUGUUAAUGUUGAUUUGGCUGAACUUUUGGAACAAUGCUCUAUUUUGAAAGAAACUUAUGUUCCCCCUCCUAUUUGGGGAAGAAAUGGACAUUUACAAACAAUGUUUUAUGGAAUACUUGGUCAUCAUUCUCUUAAAAGAGCUUUUGACAAACGCCAUUUUAUUGUUUUAAAAGAUGGAGCUACUGCUACAUUUGAUGUUUUUGAGCCAAUUUUUAAAGAAUCGAAAAAGAAUGGUUUGUGGGAAUUUUAUUUUUUAGUCAAAAAAUUGGGAAGACUUUAA